AUGAGUAUGGAGAAAGUGGCCAGAAUUAAAUCAACUGAUAUGCCAGAAUCAAUGCAAUCGAUAGCUGUGGAUUGUUGUGCUGCAGCAUGUGAACGUUUUAAAUGUGAUCGAGAUAUAGCGAAAUAUAUUAAACAAGAAUUUGAUAAACGAUACGGUGGAACAUGGCAAUGUGUAGUUGGGAAAAAUUUUGGAUGUUAUUUUUCACAUAAAGAACAUAGUUUUAUUUAUUUCAAUUUGUAUUUAAAUGCGGUACUGUUAUUUCAAGCAGUUUCACAAGAUUCUCAGUUUGAAUCAUCAGAAUAA